AUGAAAAUCUGGGGAAUUCUAAGUAAGAUCAGUAGAUUGUGUUUGGUAGAAAGUCCCGCCAUCUUUCCCCCAGGUUUCUUGCCCCCACCCUCCCCCCAGGCUUCCUGCUGCCCUGAGAAAAGCCCGCCAAGCCUGCUCUGUUCUGCCCAGCAACAACAAGCAGCCAAUCAUCGCAGCAGGAAAGCCCGCCAAGCCUCGGCCUAUCCUGAACCGACACGUAACCCUCUGAGCCACCUCAGCAGUCUGCCCAGAGACGGACAGCUUAUCCUAAGCUCCUACGACACUCCGCCAGCCCUGUGUCCACGCCCCGUCCACCCCCCCUAUAAAACCCUCCUACCCCAGCUGCGCAGUCGCAGCCAGCCCCGAUCUCCUUCCUUUCCUGGCCUGCCCGCUGGUCCCAAUAAACCUGAACUCGGCUUCCAACUCUCGAGCUGUUAUUUGGGGUCGGGUACUGGGCAGGGGUCUACAAGGGGGUUGCACAUAUGGUGCCGAAACCCGGGACGGAGGGUCGCUAGCCCCCCUAGCGACCCCCUCCCUCCAGCGACCUCCCCAGCCCUCCUCCAAUUCGGCCUCAGCACUCCGGACCAGUUCAUACAGCGGCGCUUUCAAGAACUGACUCGAGUCACCAUCCACCAGAUGCUGCUCCAACCCCGCCCUGAACGAGUGCAAGAAACAGACCUCUCCCUGAACAUCCAGGCUUCUUAAGAAAAGAGACCUCUUCAGAACCCCCCGUCGACCCUUGUCAGCAGGAAGUAGCCAGAUCGAUUCCGCCGCCCUUUUUCCUUUUUAAGGAGUCGGGAAUGUUCGGUAGAAAGUCCCGCCAUCUUUCCCCCAGGUUUCUUGCCCCCACCCUCCCCCCAGGCUUCCUGCUGCCCUGAGAAAAGCCCGCCAAGCCUGCUCUGUUCUGCCCAGCAACAACAAGCAGCCAAUCAUCGCAGCAGGAAAGCCCGCCAAGCCUCGGCCUAUCCUGAACCGACACGUAACCCUCUGAGCCACCUCAGCAGUCUGCCCAGAGACGGACAGCUUAUCCUAAGCUCCUACGACACUCCGCCAGCCCUGUGUCCACGCCCCGUCCACCCCCCCCAUAAAACCCUCCUACCCCAGCUGCGCAGUCGCAGCCAGCCCCGAUCUCCUUCCUUUCCUGGCCUGCCCGCUGGUCCCAAUAAACCUGAACUCGGC